GCGGCUGCGGCCGUGCGGGACUGCGCGGCGCGCGGCGGUGGGAGUGUCUCCGGCCGGUCUGCAGGGAGGACGUCUACUGAGAUUUUGAACCUCGCUGCUGAUGUCAUGGAGUCUGUCACCUUUGAGGAUGUGGCCGUGGGGCUCUCCCAGGAGUGGGCAUUGCUGGACGACGUGCGGAGGGACCUGUGCAGAUAUGUGUUACUGGACAACUACCAGACCCUGGCCUGCAGAGACUGGGGGUCUCAAUGCAAAUCUAAAGAGUCAGCGUCUCUGCAGGGUAUUUUGGAAGACAUAUCACCCAGUGACACACAGAUGGGACUGCAGGUGGCCUUGCAGAUUCAGAGGGUGGUGACGCCGGUGCCCACGCUGGGUCUCCCCAACCCAUGGGUGGCCAGGGCUUCUGCUCUGCCUGCUCAGGAUCCUGCCUGGCUCCAGGAAGAGGAAGAUGCUAUGGCUCCUGAGUGGCUGACCACCUGUUCCCAGGAACCAGUGACUUUUGCGGAUGUGGCGGUCGUGUUCACAGCAGAAGAGUGGGUUUUCCUGGACUCUUCUCAGAGAAGCUUGUACAGAGAUGUGAUGCUGGAAAACUAUAGGAACCUGGCCUUCUUGGCAGGAGAUGAACUAGGCAAACCCAGUAUGUUGUCCCCCUGGGAGCAAAGAGAGGAGCUGUGGAGCCCUGAGAGAGGAGUCUUCCCAGAGACCUGUUUAGAACCUCAACUUCAACCCCAAGAAUCAAUUCCUAGCCAAGAUAUUUUUGUGGGGAUUCCAUCCGUUGGCACAAAACAGGAGCAACCACAGCCUGGAGAAGAUCUCUAUGAAUAUAAUGAGCCAGGGAAACCCUUUAAUACUAUUGAACCAAUAUUUCAGACAAUUUCUGCUGGAGAGGCCCCCCAUGAAUGUCUAGAGAGCAGGAAGUCCUUCUUCCAGAACACUCACCUAAUCACACCUGAAAAAAUCCACAGCAUGGAUAAGACUUAUGCAUGUGACCAGUGUGAAAAGUCCUUCCGCUACAGCUCUGACCUUCUCAGGCAUGAGAAGACUCAUACUGCAGAGAAAUUCUUCCAGUGCCAAGAAUGUGGACAGGCCUUCAAGUAUUCCUCGAAUCUGCGGAGACACCUGAGAACUCACACUGGAGAGAAGCCCUUUGAAUGCAGUCAGUGUGGGAAAACCUUCACCAGGAACUUCAACCUGAUUCUGCACCAGAGAAACCACACAGGAGAGAAGCCCUAUGCAUGCAAGGACUGUGGGAAAGCCUUCAACCAGCCCUCAUCUCUCCGGAGCCACGUGAGAACUCACACUGGAGAGAAGCCCUUCGCGUGCAGCCAGUGUGGGAAAGCCUUCAGGGAACAUUCGUCAUUGAAGACGCACCUGCGGACCCACACCAGAGAAAAACCCUAUGAGUGCACUCAGUGUGGGAAGCCCUUCAGGACCAGCACACACCUGAACGUGCACAAGAGAAUCCACACGGGGGAAAAGCUGUAUGAGUGUGCAACCUGUGGUCAGGUCUUGAGUCGUCUGUCCACCCUUAAGAGUCACAUGCGGACUCACACCGGAGAGAAGCCCUACCAGUGCCAGGAGUGUGGACGAGCCUUUAGUGAGCCCUCGUCCCUCAGGAAACAUGCAAGGACUCAUAGCGGCAAGAAGCCCUAUGCGUGCCAGGAGUGUGGGCGAGCCUUCGGCCAGUCUUCACACCUCAUUGUGCAUGUGAGAACCCACACCUCGGGGAGACCCUACCAAUGCAAUCAGUGUGAGAAAUCCUUCAGGCACAGCUCCUCACUUGCUGUACACAAAAGGACCCACAGUGGCAGAGAGAACAUCAGGAAAGGUGGCUUGCCUUUGUCAGCAUCUCACUCCUAUAGUGGCCCCUCGUCAGUUAGCUGUGGGUUUGUAGAAGUGUAAACAUUUGGGCUGCCAUUGUUCUUAGAAUACUUGUUAGCAUGUAUCUCAUGUUUUCACGUCCAGCAGCUGAAACCAGCCCUGGCCUGUUUAUUUCUUCUUACAUGAAAAGAAUGCUUUCUUACUAACACAAGAAAUUGUUUUUGAGGAAAGAAUAGGAGUGAAUGGGGGUGUGUAUGUUUAUUUCACCACAAAUCCCUAACUGACGCAUUUAGCAUGUCCGUUUAUAUAAACACUUCAUGGGUGGUUGAAAUUAAUGUAUUAAGUUCUACAUUAGCCCACUGGAUCAAGCAUAUUAUUUGUGUAAACACACACUUAUAAAUAUUGAUUUCUGAUUGGUCAUUUACUGAGAGAGGUAUGUUAUACUCCCCACCAUGGUGAUGGAGAACUGAAUAAUUCCAUCAGUUUUUAAGUGUAUGUGUAUAUUUUGAAGCAAUGGAAUUAAAGAAAUCUUUUCACAUUUUGUGCA